AUGCCUCUCCCAAUCAAGAGGAUUCGCAAAGCCACCGCCGACAAUGCGCUCUCCGUCCUCAUCCUCACCUCAGAGGUGACAAAACAGAUCGCGGACAUCAUGCAGUUCCCGCCUGCCCAAGCCGCUGCCGGCGUCCUCCUCCUCGUCUUCGAGACCAUCCAGAAAAUACAGACGAAUAGGGAGGGCUGCUACCGCCUCGCUCAGCGGUGCCUGGCUAUGCUCGUCGACAUCCGCGACCACAUGUCGGACCGCUGGGACAGCGCACCGCCCUCGUUGCUGAAAGCCAUUUCGCGCUUCGAGGAGACGCUCAAGUCCAUACAUAAGUUCAUGCUGCAGGAGGCCGACCAGAAAUGGGGCGCACGCUUGAUUCGGAAGAGCACCAUCGAGACUAGUAUGAAGCAGUAUCAUACGGCCCUUGACGAUGCCUCGAGGUCUUUCCAGAUCGCGACGCUCAUCAACAUCCACCUCGCCGUCGGAGAAGCACCAAGUCGACCGAAGGAUGCAGAGGCGUCAACGUCCGCCGCCGCGGGGGCGAACACUGGCGGGGAAGCAAGGGAACCUACGCUUCCUCCAUAUCCGACCGGACAAGAGGUCAUUGUCAGCGAUGUGAUCGAAUUGUGCACUUCUCCCGUGUCUAGGUCGGAGACAACGGAUUCGUUCAGUAACAUCGACACUAUGAGCACUAUGAGCUUGCCCAGCUCGGGAGAAUACGAGAUCAUCAACAGCCCGGAAACGGAGGAAGACCUCCGUAUCACCGAGCACCAUGGAUUCAACCAGUACCACCAGUCACAAUUCCGCAUGAAGGCCAAGUCCCGCAUCAAGUCUGGCUGGUGGGCCGGCGGAAUCGAAGGCGACAUAGAUGGAAGAAAUUCAAUGAUGAUACCGUACGAAGGUGACCGCCCAGUUGCGAUGAAACGAUGGAUGAGAGACGUUAAGAUGCUACAAAACCUCUACCAUCCAAACCUGCCUCAGAUGGUCGGAUACUCCAAUGACGAGACUCCUACGCCAUUCAUUCUUCUGGCAAAUGUGCAAACACGACUUCCGCAAGCGAUGCUUUUGGACGCCGUGAAGAACAGCAGCCUAGCAGCAUGCACGCACUUGCUACUUCGCUUCUAUCAGGACACACUGGAUGCCGCGCUGUACCUGCAACGGCAACGAGACCUGUCAGAGUCUAAGCUACAAGAUUACAUUGAAGCUUCGGACUUCAGGAUCGACGCGGAGCAGACGGUCGUAAUGGGCCUCCCUCCUCCCGAGGUCGACAACAUCGUAUCGUGGAGAAACUUCGGCCUCGCCCAUUCCAUCCGGAGUGUAUACCUCAAUAUCUUGCCCAAUCGAGGAUACGCUCGAGAGCCAUUCGACACCAGCGAUGACUCCACGUCAAACGUGAGGCAGCGCAAGGUCAAUCAUCUUACGAUGCUUGCGCGCGCCCUGCUGCCCGACUCGGACAAUCUCGAGGUCGUGAAGAAGCGCCUACAAAGCGUCCUACGCGUCACGGAGGAAGAGGACGAGGAGGCCGAGGUGCUCCCCUUGACUUUGCGACAGAUUCGCAAGGCGGCGUUCGCUGCGGACGUGCACAACCAAUCGUGGUUCCGGAACAAUAUACCCCCACACAAAUUCUCGGUCGGAGACCUUGGGUAUGUGCCGAAGGGAGGCGCCGACGACUGGGCCGACUUUGUCGUGUGCUGCAACGUACUUGAGGAUGGACUCGCCAAGUUUGAGACUUCUAACUCGGCAACAGGGAAGCAGGGGAUGUGGGCCAACCGAGGUUAUGAGCGACAGGACAUACCGCCAUUUGAAUUACCUGGGGGCGUUCAUGGGUGGCCAGUUGCCGUGCUACCAGAGGCCGAACUCGACAUCUACGUUGUUGGUGAAACACUGACUGAGCGGGUCAACCAAGCAUGGGACUGUCUACUCGACGCUGGCCGUGCACUUGCGAAGAAACACGGUGUCGCGCCCGAAGAGCUCAUCCUGAUAACGAGAGUCGGGACUGAGCAGCGCUUCAAGGUCCGCGACCUCCGGCGGAUCCAGUACUGGCCUGCCAAUAUGGGAAUGCCCGCCUUCCCGCAUCACCAGCAGCACUCAUUUGCACACCAGCCUUUCGGGCAUCAACCUUUCGGACAGCAGCAGGGCAUGCGGGUACCGAUACCGCACCAAGAUUUGGGCCCCAAGAUAUUCUACCUGUUCACUUCGGGGGAGAAGAGCUUCCAGUCGCAUUUCUCGGAGCGACCGAUGCCCAUACCGCCGGCAGCGGGCGAAGAACCGUCCCAGCUGGACGCCAACAGGGUCAAAUGCUUCGCAUAUCCUACCGCUACCUAUGGUUUCUUGGAUUAUGUCCAGUUGCACGCGGAAGACUUCGCCGACUGA